AUGUUUACAGUAACAAUCAAUCAUUCAAUUACCGAAUACAUCGUUUCUUCAAGUUAUCCGCUCGUUCCAAACAUCAUAUUAGACUUCGUAGCUAUUGCUUUUUGUGUCAUAGCAAUUUGCAAAACAUGUUUGUUUAUUGUUUGGAUUCUUCUACGUCGAUUGUUAACCAAGCCAGAGCACAAAGUUUUGUUUCUUCUUAGCGUGAAUAUGUACGCAAGUAUACUUAUAUUUAAUUGUUUCUGUAUUGAUAUGUUUAUUUCAAUGGUCAAAGGACAUUUUUAUCCGAAUGUAUUUCAAACAGAGUACGACACAUUAUGGUGUCGUCUCAAUGCGUAUCUAUCGAAUGUUUUGCUUAUAUGUUCACUGUAUUCGACCACGUUUCAAGCUUUUCAUCGCUGCUUGCGUAUCAUAUGUUAUACUAGUCCCGCAAUCUAUCAAAAUAUCAAUUGGUGUCUAAUUGGCAUAGUUAUCCAAGUGCUGUUAAGUUUACUUCAACCGUUACCCCUAAUUCUCGCGAACAUAUAUCAGUAUAACGAUUAUCAUUGCCAAGUUCAAUUUACAAAUUGGUCUGGAAUGAUCGUAGCAGCUGCUCUUGUUUGGAUUCUACCAAUUUCGCCCACAAUAGCCACCUAUCUAUACACAAUAUACUUUAUACGUCGUAAUUCUCUAUAUUUUACACAUCGACAGCAUACAAGAAUCAAGCGAGAUAUGACAGUCAUACGGCGUAUCGUUUGGCUGAUUAUUUUCAUCGUGAUAUUUGGUAUACCAGCGUGCAGUACAACCGUUGUGUAUUACUUGUUUGGAUACGUGAGUUGGUGGGAAAACUAUGUGAUAUGGUUGACUUUUAUCUUAUCUUUCAUCGGUGUAAGCACUGUCCAAACAUUCUAUUCUCCGCAUCUUCGUAUUCUAUGGAGUAGACCAUCACGUCGAGUAGGUCCAACAAUCCAUGGACGAUAUCGAUCGUAA